AGCUGCGUGGCCACGGCUGGUCCUUUCGGGAGACGGGACGUGGCACCACCAUUUGCCAGGAUGCUGAAGAGAACCUUGGCCAACUUUGGCAAGAAGCUGAUCCGGCAGCGGACCGUGGACCUUGGCUCGCAGGACACUCAGCUGGCCCGCUGCCUCUCCACCGUGGACCUGAUUGCUCUAGGCGUAGGCAGCACCCUUGGGGCGGGGGUCUAUGUUUUGUCUGGAGAGGUGGCCAAGGAUCAGGCUGGCCCUUCCAUUGUGCUCUGUUUCUUCAUUGCGGCCGUCUCGUCUGUUUUGGCUGGCCUGUGCUACGCAGAGUUUGGCGCCCGGGUGCCCAAGGCUGGUUCUGCCUACCUCUACAGUUAUGUCACCGUUGGGGAAAUUUGGGCCUUCACUACAGGGUGGAACCUCAUUCUCUCCUACAUGAUAGGGACAGCAAGUGUGGCUCGGGCCUGGAGCUCCACCUUUGACCACAUCAUUGGGGGCCACAUCUCCACUUUCUUCCGGAAUCACACAGCUUUGCAUCUGGAGGAGGUGCUGGCCGAGUAUCCCGACUUCUUCGCCCUCUUCUUGGUGCUGCUGCUCACAGGCCUCUUGUCGUUCGGUGUGAGCGAAUCUGCCCUGGUGAAUAAAAUCUUCACGGCCGUCAACUUGCUGGUCCUCAGCUUUGUCAUUGUUGCGGGUUUUGUGAAAGGAGAUGUCAAGCACUGGAACAUGUCCAAGGAAGAUUAUCAGAACUACUCACAAAGCGCCUUGGAGUCUAAACCCAAGGGCUCCUUUGGCAAGGGGGGGUUUGUCCCCUUUGGCUUUGAGGGAGUCCUCUCAGGGGCUGCCACCUGUUUCUAUGCCUUCGUUGGAUUUGACUGCAUCGCCACCACAGGUGAGGAAGCACGGAACCCUCAACGUUCAAUCCCCAUCAGCAUCAUAGUCUCCCUCCUCAUCUGCUUUGUGGCCUAUUUUGGCGUUUCGGCUUCCUUGACCUUGAUGGUCCCCUAUUUCGUGGUGGAUAAAGAGAGCCCUCUGCCCGAUGCCUUCAAGGUAGUGGGCUGGGAGCCCGCCCGUUACGUGGUGGCCAUCGGCUCCCUCUGUGCCCUCUCUACCAGUUUGCUUGGCUCCAUGUUCCCCAUGCCGCGAGUGAUCUAUGCUAUGGCUGAAGACGGACUGCUCUUCCGGUUCCUCUCCCGGAUUCACAGCCGGGCCAAGACUCCCUUGGUGGCCACUGUGGUCUCAGGCAUCAUUGCAGCCCUGAUGGCGUUUCUCUUUGAGCUGAAGGACCUGGUUAACCUGAUGUCUAUCGGCACGCUCCUGGCCUACUCUUUGGUGGCUAUUUGUGUGCUCAUCCUCAGAUACCAACCUGAGCUAUUGAGGUUCUCCAAAGACCUGGAAAUGCUUGAGAUAAAUGGAAGUGAAGAAGAAAAGAUGACCAUUAAUUCCACAGUUGAGGAUAGCCAGAAUGCAUUCAAAGAGACGAUCACCUGCAGGAGUCUUUUCUCCCCCUCUGAGGACAUCCCAACCCAUGUCUCGGGGCGCAUCGUCUACAUCAGCAGCACGGUCAUCGCUGUCACGAUCACUGCCCUGUGUGGUAUCCUGGCCCAUCAGAGGAGAGCCCUCCUGGAGGGCAGCGUUGGCUGGAUCGUUGCCUGUGUCAUUCUCCUGGGCAUUUUGCUCGCUGGCACUGCCGUCAUCUGGAGGCAGCCAGAAAGCAAGACACGCCUCACUUUCAAAGUGCCUGGCCUGCCGUUGCUCCCCCUCUUCAGCAUCCUGGUGAACAUCUAUCUCAUGAUGCAGCUCGAUGCAGGAACCUGGGCCCGCUUUGCUGUCUGGAUGGCUAUCGGCUUUGCCAUCUAUUUUGGUUAUGGGCUCCAGCAUAGCGAAGAAGGGCACGGGGCCCAGCAGGCCCAGUCAGCCACCGACAAGGCCCUGCGCUCGGCCAACUGAGUUGAGCCAAGAAAUCGCGAUCUGAGAGAAGCUGCUUCUUCUGUCCUCCUUCCACUGCCGUGGACGCCCCUCAGUUCUUGUCUGCCUCCUGCCC